AUGGGCUCGACGGGAAUCUCACUCGCUGUCAUAGGCAAGUCAAAAGGAUAUAAUGUGCACAUAGUCAUGCCAGAUGAUACGGCCCGAGAAAAGUACGAACUCCUGAUUGCUAUGGGUGCUGUUGUGGAACGAGUUCGCCCAGUGUCAAUAAUACACCAAAAUCACUUUGUCAACGUGGCCAAACGUCGGGCUGAUGAACUGAAUGAACAAUCUAUGCGCACUAAUAGUCCAGCCCGAGGCUACUUUUGUAAUCAAUUCGAAAACUUGGCUAACUUUGAGGCACACUUUAGAACUACUGGUCCUGAAAUCCUUCGUCAAUGUGGAGAUUGUAUCGAUGCAUUUGUUAUGGGAGCGGGUACAGGCGGAACAUUGGCUGGAGUUGCGAGGUAUCUUAAGCCUAAACUGCCAAACCUCAUGGUCGUGUUGGCCGACCCUCAGGGCUCUGGACUCUUCCAUCGAGUACUACACGGCAUUUUGUACUCGCCAACUGAAUCAGAGGGCACUCGAAAACGACAUCAGGUUGAUACUAUUAUUGAAGGUAUUGGAAUCAACAGAAUUACCGCCAAUUUUGAGAAGGGACGGAUUUGGAUAGACACAGCAAUCAAGGUCACCGAUCAAGAAGCCGUUAAUAUGUCCCGAUUUCUCAUGGAUCAAGAAGGCUUGUUCUUGGGAAGUUCCUCUGCAGUGAACUGCGUCGCUGCAGUCAAGAUUGCAAGGCAACUUGGACCGGGAAAGAAAAUUCUGACAAUCCUUUGCGACGAAGGAAAUCGUCAUCUGGGAAAGUUUUGGAACGACAAUGGGGCCGUCAUUCUUGGAACUCUCGUUCUGAUAUCCAGCUUUCCACCAAUGUUUGGAUAUGGAACCUUGCUAACAUUGUGUGGAUUUACGUACGGAUUUCCACUUGGUUUAAUUCCAGCUUACAUUGGAGGAUGGGCUGGAGCGAUGCUGUGUUUCCUGGCUGCUCGCAAACUCUUGUCUGGAUAUAAACAAAGAAUAGCAGACAAUUUUUCUCAGCUUCAAUCAGUAAUCGACAAGGGUGGAUUGAAGCUGCUCAUCCUGAUCAGACUAGCGCCAUAUCCAUGGGGAAUCAUGAAUGUUGUCUUUGCCGCGUCGUCAGUUGACAUUACGACAUAUAUAAUUGCUACGUCAGUGGCUCUAAUAAAGGCAUGCCUCCAUGUUUAUAUUGGCUCUACGGUCAAAUCUCUUGCCGAGGAAAGCGGUACGUCAUCACCGCUAAGAAUUGGAAUCCUCGUCGUAUCCAUGAUAUUGGGGCUCGGCGUCUUUGUGUAUAUAUCAUUUCUGGUGAGGAACGCUGUAAACGUCGAAAUUGGCGAGGAUGGCGAAGAGGAAGUAAUAUUGAGGCAAAGUGGAGACAGGCACAGUCGGGAUGAAUCUUUUGAUUCAGAGCUUGACGAACACGGCGAUGGUCUUGUAUAA